AUGAAGCUGUUUGGGAGAAUUCGCAAUUCCCUGUCAACCAUCUAUACUGGGACAUUGAGCCGGCUGCCAUUUCACCACCCAAAAAGCAGCCAUGAAAACACACUUCAACGAGGAAGUUACAUCUUCCCAGCGGAGUCGGAGCGCCAUGAGGCAACUAUCAUGGGAUUCCCUUCACGAUGCUCCCUACCCCCUGACCAGUAUCAUGCUGUCUGCAACGAAUUGGUCCAGCUAGCGUUGACGAUUGCCGAGUUUGAGCCAGUCCGCCUAUAUGUCCGACCCGAAGAUAUCCAAUUGGCCGAGUCACUGGUCAAGGGCAUUGACCCAAGCACGUCGGGAAUAACCAUCAUCUCCUGUCCAAUCAACCACUGCUGGGUCCGCGACACAGGCCCGGUCUACGUGCGUGACACGACAGGAGCGUUUCCGAACCGUCGUUUCGCAAUCAACUUCCGAUUCAACGAGUGGGGAGACAAGAAGCCUGAAAACGACGGAAUCUGCUGGGGUCAACAGUGGCCCCUGAUGAAUGACCAAACCCUGAAGGAGAAUACCGAUUUCGCACGGUGGGUGAUCGACCAUGACCGUGAACCCGUCCCUGUUGAGCGCAUCGAUGCUCCGAUUCGCGCCGAAGGGGGUGGUCUUGUCACGGACGGGGAGGGCACUCUCCUGAUCACGGAAAGUAGUAUUGUCUGCGAGGCACGGAAUCCCGGGAUGUCCAAAGCGGACAUCGAGGUCGAAUUGAAGCGGCUACUCGGGGUUGACAAGGUCAUCUGGUUUCCCGGCCGGUGCAAUGUUGAUAUUACCGACGUGCAUAUGGACGCUGAGGCACGGUUCGUGCGCCCUGGGGUGAUCGCUUACUCCAAGCCUCACGCCCUUGCGAUAGAUUUGUGGCAAGAGCUGUCUACCGAGAUCCGGGAUAUCCUGGGUCGCGAGACAGACGCGAAGGGUCGGCGUUUGCAGAUUCACACCAUUGAGGAGCCAGACCCACGCGGUCUGGUGGCAUCAGACCAAGAGUUAGCAGCCAGUUAUGUGAAUUUCUAUUUUGUCAACGGUGGGCUCAUCAUCCCGAAAUUUGGCGAUGAAGAGAGAGAUCAGAAGGCGUUUGAGAUGCUCCAGGAGUUGAUGCCAGAACGGGUGGUCAGGCAGGUGUACUCUAGCGCCGUUCCCCUGACCGGCGGAGUGCUGCACUGCGUCACCCAACAGGUUCCGAUUCUAUAG